GUCCGGGUUGAGGGUUCAGAGGUCGCGGCGCGCAAUGAAUGAGCGGGAGAAGCGGCAGCGGCGGCGGUAACAGCAGCAACAACAACUACAGCAGCAGCAACAACAACUACAGCAGCAGCAGAUCCCGCGUCCCUCCUCCUGUCUCCUUCUCCACCCGCCUCUCAGGCUAGCGUUGGAAGCGGCACGGCCAGCAUGCCUGGCAAGCGGGGACGUCCGUCCCUCAAAAGGGAGUUGCCCAAAAAUGAGAACUCGGUUGGGCACACGGAUGCCAAGAAGAUAAAAGUGUCGCACCCGUCGCACGCGCACAGCCCCGGGGAGGUACUGGCGCUGGGCGAGGGAGACGUGGGGCAGCUGGGCCUGGGCUCGGCCGUCACGGAGCGCAAGCGGCCAGCGCUCGUGCCGCUCUCCGAGAAGGCGGUGCAAGCGGAGGCCGGCGGCAUGCACACGGUGGUGCUCACCGUGAGCGGGCAGGUGCUCACGUUUGGCUGCAACGACGAGGGGGCCCUGGGCCGCGUCACGGCCGAGGAGGAGGACGAGGCGGUGGCCGGCGUCGUGCAGCUCGCCGACCGCGUCGUGCAGGUGUCGGCCGGCGACAGCCACACGGCCGCGCUCACGCACAGCGGCAGCGUCUACGUGUGGGGCACCUUCCGGGACAACAACGGUGUGAUUGGUCUCUUGAAACCCAUGGAGAAGUGUCCUCUGCCGGCCCUCCUGCCCCUGGAGACGACCAUCGUGAAGGUGGCGUCCGGUAACGAUCACCUGGUGCUGCUGUCGCAGUCCGGAGACCUCUACACGCUGGGCUGUGGGGAGCAGGGACAGCUGGGGAGGGUCCCGGAAUGCUUCUCGUGCCGUGGCGGCAGAAAGGGCCUCGAGCGCCUGCUGGUGCCUCAGCCCUUGCGUUUCAAGGCCCCCAAGGGUACCGGCGCGCUGCACUUUGCCGACAUUUUCUGCGGCGCCUACUGCACCUUCGCCGUCUCGCGCGAUGGCCACGUCUACGGAUUCGGCCUUUCCAACUACUACCAGCUGGGAACCCUCAGCACCAAGUGCCUCUUUGUGCCGAAGCUGCUCGCCGCGUUCAAAAACUCCACCAACAAAUGGAGCCACUUUGCUGGAGGACAACAUCACUCGCUCUGCCUCGACUCGGAAGGCCGCGUCUACAGCCUGGGCCGAGCCGACUACGGCCGCUUGGGCCUCGGGAAGGGCGCGGCGGAGACCAUGGAGCCGGUGCUCGUGCCGGGGCUUGGCCCCGCGCUCUCCGUGACGUGCGGCGCUAGCGUUAGCUACGCCGUCACCAAGGACGGUUCCGUGUACGCGUGGGGGAUGGGCACGAACCACCAGCUGGGCCGCGCCGACGACGAGGAUGCCUGGAGCCCCGAGCGCAUGGAGGGGAAGCAGCUGGAGGGGGUGCGGGUGCUGGCCGCCUCCAGCGGGGGGCAGCACACCGUGCUGGUGGUCGCGCGCUCGUGACCCGCGCGGCCGCGAAGGAGCGACGCGCUCGCGCGGUGACGUUUGGUCCAGCGGCCGCUGCGAUCGGGGCGGUCGCCGCUCUGCCGUGGUGGGUUGUGUCUGGGGGGGGGGGGGGGAGUCGUCUGACAGCACUCCGCCCACGCUGGUCAGUGCGGGGUCCGGUGAAGGCACGGAGCAGAGACCCGGCGGGCGCUAAUGAUGGAUUUUUGCCACGCCCCCGAAAAAGCACAACGCGUCGCAAUAAUAUACCGCGCGCGCUCGCGCCCCAUUUAUACACGGCGGUAACCGCGUUGUGCACCGCGUUCCCACGGUUUGCUGUCACGGUGCUCUCGUUUACCGCAAUACACGGCUCUCCCAUGCAGUUUUAGUACCGCCAAUCCACCAUCACCAGACUCGCUCCUAUCUUUUUUUUUGCCCGCGAGCGAUGUUUGCGCACUGAACCACACCCUCACCGAACCCCCCCCAAACGACAGGAGGUAACUGUAGCCGUGAUUGUCAUCGUUUUGAGUGCGUGCCCGACAAGUGCUGGUGCAAUAGCCAAAUCCCUGUGGGGCUGUUUGCGCCGGUGAAUUGGACCUGCAGCCAUGUGGAGAGCUUUUUACCUGUUGUUUUCUGGCACGUCCGAACCGCUAUGUAUGUACGUUGAACUUCUUUCGCACCGUACAUAGCCAACCGUGCUCAUCGGAGGUGCGGGAUGGAAGGACAACAGACAAAAAGCGGUUCUAAAGAAGUGAGUUUGUCAAUCUAGAUGAUGAUUUAAAAGUGCAUAGCUCCAGUGACUUCCUAAUGCUGGAAGGAAGAGCGUUCCAGACGGCCGCAGAAGCGCAUCUGAAAGCGCAACGCAACGGUGCCGUGUCGAGACAACCUGGUGCUUGGGAGGUGCCAGGUUGUUUUUACAUUGCAGAAACUGAGCCAUACCACGGACGAGUUGAGACUUCACGUGCCAUGAAUUAGUCAUUAGCACCCCCCUCUCCUCCCUGCCCACUGUGGCCCUGCCUGGCCCGAGACAGAUUCGGAUGCCUUGUGAGGCCAGCUUAUCCCAAUUUAUUUCCUGCUAAUAUCCAGUGGAAAACCACACGUAUACCGUGAUGGCCUCCACUUGUUUGCAUCGUUCUCCAGCCGGAAUGCACCCCACACAAUCACCGAGCCACUCGCUGGACAGCUAAUCCGACAAGCCUCUCUCCCCCAUCAUCACCCCCCUAGGCCAGUUAUCAGACACUUAGCCAUCGCCCGGGCGAUGCGGUGGUAAAGCGAGAAACGUGACUUCCCUUAACAGCUCUCAAUGACGGAGUAAAUCGUGGGCACCAUCCUGUUGAUCCUUCCCCGUGUGUGUUCCCUGCAACAGUGGGUGUAGUAGUAGAGGUUUGACCCCAACACUCUUCUACCAAGGCUAGAGUGGCUGUUACACGAGCCUCCAAGGUCUUCCCCUCCCGGUUAUUCGAGACGCCGCCUCUACCCGAGAACCCUCCGCUGGGAAUAUGCAUCCUAGGGCUGCUCCAGCAAUUUGCCAUCGUUGUGUAUGUGGGAAAAAAGUUUGCAGGUUUGCAAGCGUGCAAUUUAACCAAAAUGUGCAGAUGCCGCCGAGUUCGUGUGAACUUAGUGGAACGCGUCGUGAGAAACGUGUCGAAAUUUGGGGUCUGCGCAGGGAAUGUCACGACGUACGAAGCCUUUCCCCCCGUGCGGCCACCUGUGUUAGCGUUUAAAAUUGUUUUUUUACACAUAAUUACGAGUUGUACCAGUCGCAUCGCGAGGAUGUUGUGCUCUCAUGGAAUAUCUGUCGUUACGGGGGACAUUGUCGGCAGCGGCGUAUGACACGUGCGAGGGGAAUUGUUUUACUUUUUCUUUUAAUUUUCAGGUCGGCUUUUUCCUUUUUUUAACAGAAAUUAUUGGCAGCAGUGUUUUACGGUGUUAUUGGAUCAGGUUCACUUCAUAUUGUGCCCCUUACGGUUUUAGAGGUUACGCUUGUGUUGUGCUCUGCAACUAAAGCUGAUAAUCUACAAUAAAGUCUUAUUUGGGGGGGGGGGGGAGAUCUGGCCGCUUAUGCCGGCUCGUCUUCAAGGUUUCAGAUCUGACCCAACGUCACUUCAACCAAGAUUGCAAGCAGCCGGGCAGACACCCCAACAACUCUUUGCCACUUUUGUACCUCACAGAAGCAUCUCAUGAUUUUCAAAAUCUCUAACGAAGCUGGUCCGAGUGCUUUGGAUUACUCGGACAAACGAUGCCACUGCGGUUUGUGCCAAGGUCUUGUUUUUAAUGGAUUGUUCUCUCGGAUUUGGGAUUCGAGCCAGGAUUGAUGGCUUUACUUCGGAUCAAACUGCGUAAAAUAAUUUGGUGUGACCAGUGAAUGCCAAUCGAGGGCCUUGAAGUGAGGAUUUAGCAACGCCAGUCGCUGGUGUCAUUGAAAACUUUCUCUCGGAGGGAUCGCUUGAAUUUCGAUGAAAGUUUUGAAAUGAUUUCAUAAUUGGUGGUUAUAAAGAUUCUUGUUUUACAUUGCA